GAUAUUGUAUAUACGACAACAACACAACUGUACCACUAUAUGACUAUACGAUACAGCGAACCCUCCACUUAUCAGUUGUUGCCCCUUUGCCUCCCUUUCCCUUUUUGCUAAUAUAUACGAUAAUAUCAUUGUUUUAUCGUUGCUUAGACUUUGGACUAUUGCUAAGCAGCGAACAAAUUAGAUGGUAAUGGAAAUGGAUGUGCAAAUGAUGUGCACCUAUACCAACACUAUAGCACUAUAUAAGUGCUAGAAAUGCUAGAAAAGAGCCAAAAACAGGAACAUUAUGUUUGAUGAAAGAAUCGUGUAUUACAUUAGUAUAUAGCAAAUGAUUGUCACAUUGGGUACACAACUAAGCAAUAGUGCCGUUGUUUGUAUGACUGAGUGCCGUAUAUAUGAGUUUAUGUCAGUAUAAACAGUAUAUUCAGUUUAUGUCAGUAUAUGGUAUUUAAUACAGUCAUACGUAUCACAUGUAUUGCAAAGUAUUAAAGCAUUUGUUUGGUGUUGAAAAUACUGAAAUACUGGGAAACGCCGUCAAAGUUAGUAAAAAAUAGUGAAUAAUAUUAUUUUAAGUACGGCUUUGUCCACAUACCCUCCCACCACACCGUCUACCACUCCUUCACUAUUUGGUGGCAUUUAGUUGUCGUCACAGUCAUCGAUCAGAUAUUGGUUUGAGGAGGAGCUGCACAUACAGUCCACCUCUGCUUAAGUCGAGUGCCGGAGUGUUGAGAGCAUCACAACUCACACAACACAACACUAGAGAGUGUCUGUCUAUUGACUUGACGUUUGCACACAUUUAUAGCAUAUGUCUCUAUAUUGUAAUGUUUGCAUCACUCUAUCCAAGUCUACAACAAGUGAUCCAAUGAUUCAAACAUCACUACAAAUGUUAUAUUAGUUUGAAAAACAAUCACAACUUUAACUAUAUAUGAGCUAAUAAUCAAUUAAAUUAGUUUUUAUUUGACAAAUACUUUACAAGUAUUGUUUCAAUUGAUUUAUUUGUGAAUUAAUGCCAAAAUUUUGAACAUUAAUAGUGACAAAAAUGUUGACACAUAAGUCAUAUCAAGAGUCAUCCAAUUGUAUGAUCUCUGCUCCCAAUUACACAAAUAUGACUUCUUCAAUGAGUCCAUCCAUGUCCUACACUAUGUCGGGCAUGAAUAUGACCGGCUAUUCACCGGCUGGACAGUCGUUCACAACAAACAUGAUAUCAUCGAAUUCAGUGCCGAUGGGCACCAGUGUCUCAGCGCCCACACCGACAGGUAUGUCAGGCAUUCCUGGCUCAGGCGGCGGUAACUCAGGCGGUCCCUGUAUGUCACCAGCAGCGGGUAGUACUGUUACACCGCUGUCAUCGAUGAACUCACAUGCUAUGAAUGGUAUGACAUCUCCGACUUGUAUGGGAUCAAUGACAUCAAUGAAUGGCGGGCUUAUGUCAAACCGCGAAUUUGGUUCGUCGUCAUCAUCGGAACAGAUGAGUUUGGGUGCCAAUGCUUUGCUACAGAAAGCAAGGGCUGAUAAGUCAUACCGUAGAAGCUAUACACACGCCAAACCUCCCUAUUCUUAUAUCUCAUUGAUAACAAUGGCAAUCCAGAACUGUCCAUCAAGAAUGUUAACCUUAAGUGAGAUCUAUCAGUUCAUAAUGGAUUUGUUCCCAUAUUAUCGUCAAAAUCAACAGCGAUGGCAAAACUCGAUCAGACAUUCACUUAGUUUUAAUGAUUGUUUUCUCAAAGUUCCGCGAACACCGGACAAACCAGGGAAAGGGAGCUUUUGGACACUACAUCCCGAUUCGGGUAAUAUGUUUGAAAAUGGCUGUUAUUUGAGACGACAGAAGAGAUUUAAAGUGGACAGAAAAGAUAGCAUUCGUCAGAACCAGAAGUCAAACCAGAGUUCGAGUUCAAGCACUGGUAACAGCAAUAGCCAACAAUCGAUAGUCGGAUCGACCAAAAAUGCCAAUGAAAACAACCACCAGAGUAGCGGUCAUACGGGCAGUGGAGGAGUCAGUCCACCACAAAUGAACGGUGCUAUGAGUGACCCAUAUUCACACCAUUCACAUCAUCACCAUUUAGACCAUCACCGACACGUCAACGCAAACAUUGGUGAUGACUGUUCAAAGUUAGACCAAUCGGCACAUCACCACUCGUCCCAAAUGGAACAUCACAUGCACUCUGGUCUGUACGGGUCUGGAGCUGGGGUUCUGCAUCACCAAAGUAUGCUUCUCGCAGGUCAGUUAAAAGCUGAUCCCCAUUAUAACUCAACUCGAGACCACCCGUUCUCAAUCUCAAGCAUUAUAGCCUCAGAGAACAAGGCAGACAUGAAACUAUAUGAGAUGCAGUACGGCGCUUACCCUCCCCUGUCCCCAUUGGCACCGGGUCACACUACUAUGGCUAAUGAUGCCUCAUAUUAUCAUCAUUCCUCUCUAUAUCAUUCGGCAUAGAUUUUUAGUUAACAUUUGUAUAAAUCUCAUAAUUUCAUUGCCAUCUAAAGCCAUCUUUAGUUAACCAUUGAUUGCCAUUAGUGACACUCACACUGUCCUACAGUCCUAACCUAAGCUUAAAUGAAUGGAAAGUCGAGUCCACCUGCGUUUGAAAAUAAAGUAAUUUUCUUAAUAAAUUCAAUACUAAACCAUUGGAACAAAGCCUAUGCCUAUUUGAGAGUCGAUGCCGUGUGAAACCCGGAACGCCUAACGCCUAUAGCUGUGAGACACCUGCAUAUAUGUGCCGCAGCUCUCAAUUGUUAACCGUUAAACAUACUGUACUACACAUCUCUGAUCAUGUAUUAUAACUAUUGUGUAAAUCAUUUAUUG